AUGUACAUCAUACUACCUAAAACAUACAAUCUUGCACUAUUACUUGCCAUCUCUGGAACUUUGACAGUUGCUAUUCCACUUAGAAAGAGGGAUCAGCCAGAUGGUUGUGCUAAUAUUCAUGAAAGUUUUGCUGCGUCAAUAAGUGGAAAUACCACUUUAAAUAUAACAUAUGCGGACGUUAAAAAUUGUUACAUGAGCUUUCCUUAUGAUCUUCAGCGGGCUACUGAAGUAAUUGAAUCACUUAAAGGAAUAUAUGAAACUUUCUAUGUAUUUUAUGAUCAAGCGAGGGAACAACCAGUGAAAGGUUUUGACUACAGACCUAUUGACUUAUCUGCUGAACUUGAUGCGAUACUAAAAAAGAGUUAUACAACAGAGUUUGAAUUUUUUUCAGAUGUAUCUCAACUUUACAUUGAUCUUAGGGACGAUUCCUCAAACAAUAGAUGUGAAGUUAUUACCAUUGAUGGUACCCCUGCUUUAAAAGCCAUUACUAAUUUUGCUGAAAAAUAUGUUAAAAAUUCCCGUGACCUUGGUGUAAGAUUUAAUAUGGCAUUAUCGUCUCUCUCAUUUCAAUCUGGUCAAUUUGGCAUAAAUCCGAACUUUUUAAGUUCAAGUCUAUUUACCAGACGUAUAACUUUACCAGAGUCAGAUAGUAUUACUUAUGAGCUCAAAUGUAAUAAUAGCAAAACUAAAACUUUAGUAAGACCUUGGAUUAUAAUUAAUAAUUCUUAUAAUACUUUUAAUUUUACUGAUUCCAAAAGUUAUUAUGAGUCAUUGUGCCUCGUGCAAAAUACCCAACAACCUACUAUUCCCGUGCCACAAAAAAAUUCGGGAUUAAAUAUAAAUUCAGGAUCUGGAUUUGUUAAUGCAAACAUGUCUGGUCAACUUAUCAGCAAUCUUGAUAAUUUUACCAUAUUUUAUAAAUAUGGUGAUACUGGUGUCGUGUUGGUACCAAAUUUCUUGCCCCCAACUUUUGCACUUGAUCAGAAUAAGUUUAAUUCAGAACUUGUAGAUGCAUUUAAUACGUUUGCUGCAACCGGAGUAAAAAAAGUUGUUCUUGAUUUUACUAGUAAUACAGGUGGAUUCAUACCUCUUGCACAAUUCUUUGACGAAAUUUUUUUACGGCAAAAAAAUUUUACAUUCCCACGUGACAUUAAGAUUAAUAAUGUUACAACAUUCCUUAUUGAAGAAGCUGAUAAAGAAAGACUUGGUUCUGUAGCAUUAAGUUUUUCUCCUAAUCUAGAGCAGUCAAUAGUUACUGGUCAGCCAUUUCAGAACGCUAAUGAAUUAAUUGGUAACAAUAAAUUCACAAGAGGUGGCAAAACUGUACAAUUUUCAAAUCUAUUUUUCGAUAUAUUAAAUGAUUCUGCUAUAAAUGGUUGGAAUUCUCCAUGGACGAAUAAGGACAUUAUUUUACUUACUAAUGGCGCUUGUGUAUCUUCUUGUGCACAGACUGCUCAAUAUAUAGCAGAACAGGCUAACAUCGCUACUGUUUCUGUCGGUGGUUUUUACAAUCGAAGUAUGUCUUACUCUUCAUUCCCUGGUGGAAAUGUAGUAAAUGUAAAUGAUCUCUAUAACCAAAUUGGUAAUAUCACAAGUAACACCACUGAUUCCCCUCCUCCAAUACCAAAAAACUUUGCCAAUGAUGUUGCAAUGUUUUUCUUUACAUUAACUUAUAGUGAAACUCAUGAUUUAGAAUUCCCUGAUCAGAUAAAUGAAUUUAUGUUUCGAUCUGCUACCCAUAGAUUAUACUAUGAUGAUGAAAGUAUUCUUGAUCCUAGUAGUUUAUGGUUACAAGCUGCGGAAUUAAUUUCUUAA